GCAGCGUCCGGGGCUGUGCUCAAGGGUGUCCGGGGCUGCGCUCUAGGGUGCCCUACGGCGUCCGGGGCUGUGCUCAAGAGUGCCCUACGGCGUCAGGGGGCUGUGCUCAAAGGUGUCCGGGGCUGUGCUCUAGGGUGUCCUACGGCGUCCGGGGGCUGUGCUCUAGGGGUGUCCUACGGCGUCCGGGGACUGUGCUCUAGGGGUGUCCUACGAUAUCCAGGACUAGCAAGAGUAUUCUGCAGGAUGGACCGCUGGAUGGCUGUCUGCACCAUUGUCUAUAUCACCUUAGCGACUGUGUGUCCAAGCAUUUACGGAAGCACGACUGAGGUGAGUGGUUUUAAUGCCACGAACGUCAUGAACGUCACGAAUACUACGAAUGCCACUGAACGUACUGCGUGGUUGCUGUACUAUGGGGAUUUGUGCUGUGAGGUGAGCGGUGCCGUCUGUUCCAGCGAUAACUAUACCGUCUGCGACGCCUGCAGCUGCCACUGUCAGCUGAACUACACGUUCCAGGCGGACACAGGAUGUGUAGCAGUGGAUGGAGGGGGCCGUCUUCCCGACGAGCCGUGCGGCUCCCCGUCAGACUGUGUGGAAGGUCUCCACUGCAGCAACGGUACUUGCGCUUGUCCCCCGCCUUGUGUGUACGUGAGGGAGAGGCUGGAGUGUGACUGUGGACGAGAAGACAUACUCUUGCCCAUACUCACCGGCGUCAUCCUCGGCAUCGCUAUCAUCGUCUUCUGGUGCUUGAUCAUCUGCUUCACCAUCCACAAGCACCAGGCGAGGAGAAACCACGUGACUAGGCUUGUGAGUAUUGCGCCAGAUAAGUCUAUGGCCGGGUCCAUCUACAGUCCUGAGAGCAUGUUGUUCCCCGUCCUGCCCAAGUCCCACUCCUUGGGCCCAGCCCAGCCUUACCAGGGCCAGGAACUCGCUCCCAUCUCUCCUCUCCGGCCACAUUUCAGGCAUAAAUCCAUACCUGGCGAGUCUCCGUAUCUCUUCUUCAACUCUGCUUUCGAUUCAGCCCCUGAAAUUCAUCAGCCAGACUCUUCUUCCCCACACCAUCAACAAAGUAUCACAGCAAGCAACGAAACUUCUCACAGCAAAUCGUCAGAGCCUCCGAAAAGUCCAUCAUCAGCACAGGAGGGCCGCAAAUCGUCCACCACCCCCGCUGACACUGGAGACAUCCCGCCGCCAUACGUGUACCAACCUCCCAACUCGUCGGCACGAGUCUAGUUUGUCUGCAGUCUUUAACUGCUAGUCUGACUGCCUUAGCAGCAGCACAUGGGCGAUGUCGUCUAAAUAAAAUGUGUCAAAUAUAUUCACUUAAAAAUAUGAUUACAAAUAAAAAGUGUGAUAAAUUAUUUCGAUUAUAAGAAGGGCCCUGAUUGUAUUAUACUGAUUGUAUUAUUAUUUGCU